AAUUGAUCGGCCAUUGCAUCACCAGCCGGGGGUAUCUAAUACUUGUCGCAACCUUUUGGCCUAUAGUCCAGUCGUUCAUUUGUACUCCCAGGUUUUUCCUUCUCCUUCCUCUCCUUGACAUGUUUCACUCUCCUCUGUAUCUCUGAAACCGAGAAAAGAUUGCGACGAGAACCAAACCCCCCUCCUCAGCCAUGUUCCGACCGGCGGCCCGGUCAACGCUGCGCACCACAACUCGCUCCUCCUUUCCCCUUGCUCCCGCCGCCAGGAGUACAUCCGGGAAGCGGUUCGCCAGUACAUCGCCAGAGAAUGCGCGGCGGAGUUGGAAGGGCUCGGCGUUGAGAUGGGGUAUCGCCAUUGCUGGCAUUUACUAUUAUAACACGAGCCCGGUCUUCGCGGAGCAGCCACAUCAUAAUCUAUUAAACCCGAACCUCGACGCCGUCGAUGACGAACGGAGGGACCACUCGACCUUGGAAGCCCUCACCUCCCGUCGCGCGAGGGAGGCCGAGAAAAACGCCUCCGUCCUCCACUCCGCCGUCGACUCAAUAUCGUCCGAGAAUGCGUCCACAACCAUCGUUGCUGACCACGGGCCUCUGACUACGGGCACGGCCGAAGGGCUAGAAGAGGAGGCGGCCGGCGAGGGAGCCUUCAACCCAGAAACAGGAGAAAUCAACUGGGACUGCCCUUGUCUGGGCGGGAUGGCGCAUGGGCCCUGCGGCCCGGAAUUCCGCGAGGCCUUUUCAUGUUUCGUGUAUUCAAAGGAGGAACCCAAGGGGAUGGACUGCAUUGACAAGUUCCAGAACAUGCAGCAAUGUUUCCAGAAAUACCCGGAAAUCUACAAGGGCGAGCUGGAGGACGAUGACGAGUUGGACGCCGGGUUGGAGGCGGAGAAGCAGGAGUUGGUCAACGAGAUCGCGGAGAGGAAGAGGCAGCACGAAGGCGCCGCGACGACGCAGCGCAGGUUGCUGGAGGAGCCGGAUCCAGCACCCCGGCCCGCACAGACAGCGAAGAAAGCGACCUUUCCUGAAUCAAACGAACAAUCGCACGAGCGGUCACAGUCGCUGACAAUGUCCGAGCCGGAGGCUGAGAAGAGCGAUGCCACGACGUCCGAAAAUGUAGAACACCUUCAAAGUGACAAACCGCCGGCAUCAGAGGGAAGGGUGAGGGUGAGUGACGACCCGUCUCAUUCUUCUACAAUGUCGCCCGAGCGGGAAAACGUUAUAGAGGGCCAAAAGUCAGGAGUGACCAGCGCACCAAAACAAUCUUCAUCCGCUGCGGCCGAGGAAACAUACAAUCCGGAGGCUAGUAUCGUGCCUAAGGCUGCGCAUGAUGCGACCGGUGCUGAGGCGGAAAAGUGAGAAAAGUGAGGAUAGAAGGUGGAGAGACCUAAUGUACAUGACAGAAAAGAGUGGUUGUCUUCUCUUGCAUACCAGCAUGGUGGAGUCAUUUACACAACAACAUGGAAGACAAAAAGUGUUGUGCAUCAUUGACGCGAGGCUCGAUUUGUACAAUAUUGGAAUCAACAGAUGGCCUAGGAGGAGUUCGAUACAUCGCGGUGCUGUCAUUGUUGAUGUACUCGUAGCAGCCAAAAAUAAAGACCUCAUCUCCAG